UGCUCCAGUCAGAUAAAUAGUCCAAACCAAUGAACAUACCCAUCUGUAUUACAAUAGCCCAUCUGGUAAUCGGACUAUAAAGGAGCCCAACAGUGGAGUCAUUUGUGUCUACCUGUAGUGUUCUACAGGAAUACAGGACUGGACAGUUCAUAUUUAAACAAAAUUCAUGAAUUGCUCAAAAAAUAGGAAAGGGACAAUUUUUCCUGAAAACUAUUACAACAUGAGCAGUAUUUCUGAUUUUGCCAUGUUUCGUUUUAAUUUGUGGCACAAAAAUCCUUUUUUUUCUCAUCAUGCAGCGGCAGUGGCAGCAGCUCAGGCUGGAAAUCCAGGUAUCAUGGAAAAUACUUCAUUUGUUCCUAAUCCACUGACUUCUCCGGCCCUGAUGGUGUUGGCAUCAACAGCUGAAAAUCAUGAGGGGGCGCGAAUGCCUGCUCCCCCUCACCACUUCCAAGGACAAAAUGUGGACAAGGACAUGCCAACACCUUUCGGUACCCCUCCUUUUACCAUGUACAGGCCCGGGGAACACUUCCCCCCUCCCCUGUACACACCUGUACCCCCAUAUGUACGUGCUAACCUGGAGCGAGGGAUGGGGCUGAUUAACCCCGGGGGUGGGAGUGCAUUCAGACCUGUCAGUAACCCAGAAGGUGUAGAGAACUAUCAUUCUGCUUUUUCUUUGGCUAAAAAACCCAAACUUGAUGAGUCCAGCUCUAGUUAUGCUUCGUCUGAGAAGUUGGACAGGGACAGUUGUGAUCCUACCCAUGAGGGUCCGGAGAGUAAGGGAUCCACACCCUUCGUUAAGGAAGAGCGCCCUUCAAGUAUCAGCUCUGCUACCAAUUCUGAAAAUUUCUCUGAUGGGGGAGACUUUGACCGAGGAACCCCAGAUCCUGAAGGGAGAUCUCUCAGAAAACAGAGGAGAAAGUGUGUGCUGGAUGGCCAGACACCAUGCUGUCCCAUUUGUGGCAUCACCCUAAGGCCAGGAGAGGUCGACGCCCACUUCAACCUCGAACUUGACAAACUCAAUCGCUUCACACGGGGUGGCAGGAGAUCAAGAGACACUACUCCACAAGGUCGAAAGUCUCUGCCGUCUCCUUCUGGUCGACGAGGAAAAGAUUCUCCAUCCAUGGAGGUGGCAUCACAGUCCAGAUUUGAUACGUACCAGAGGAUCAAAUGUAAUCGGCAAGCCCGGCUCACUAGUCGAAGUAGGACAAGGAAGAAGAAGACAGAGGAGACUGUUUGUCCUAUCUGUAAUGAGAGACUCAGUGGUACACCAGAGGAACUCAAUGGCCAUGUGGAGAUGUGUCUUAAAAAGCGUAAUGAAAUUGAGGAUGAGCCGGUGGAUGUGGAGGGGGAUGGAGACACUUAUGAGGAAUAUACCUGGGCAGGACAGACAAGGAUCAGAGCUACUACCAUGUUACAAGGGGGCUUCUCAGGUACAGGAUUCCAGGUGAUGAAUCUAAAGAAAUCCAUGGAGGAGGAUAUUGAUCUCAAUGUGGAUGGAGAUGACUCGGAACAGUACGGAACUGCACAAUUUAAUGAAGGAGACAUUCUACCCUGCCGUUCCGAUGAGCCUUCAGAAGAUCUGGAGAGAAAGGCUCUUAGGGGUGCAGUAUUAAGAAAUAUUUCACCAGGUGAUCCAUCUACUUCACAGUGCAAUGUAUCUAGUGCUCACGAAACCAUGGAGAUGGAGGGUAAUAUCAGUUCCAGUCCGGGCAGUUCUCCUACUCACCCAAACAGCAUGGACAUUGAGGGUUCAGCAGCUGAGGUUAUUGAGGCUCUCAAGGCGAGGUUAAAGUCUAAAGAAACAACAAAGAAAGAAAUCCCAAAAUGUCUCAUAUGUAUGGAGUCCUAUAACAAACCCCUUACCUCAAUCCAGUGCUGGCAUGUCCACUGUGAGGGGUGCUGGCUCCACACACUGGGUGCGAAAAAGCUGUGUCCUCAAUGUAAUAUGAUCACUGCCCCAGGGGAUCUGCGGCGUAUCUAUCUUUGAUCAUCUGUGAUGGGUUGGUGUAUCCAUGACCUUGACUUGUGGGGAAUUUGGACACUCACUUUUACAUGGACAAAAUUGACUGAUUCUGUUAUAACUUAUACAGUGAUAUAACUUCCUAUCAAGUCACAAUCAUAAAGUGCUGACCAGCAGUUACCAGUAGUAUUAGACAGGUGACCAGUGGUUACCAGUGGUAUUAGGCUGGAGGUGACCAGCGGUUACCAGUGGUAUUAGGCUGGAGGUGACCGGCGGUUACCAGUGGUAUUAGGCUGGAGGUGACCAGCGGUUACCAGUGGUAUUAGGCUGGAGGUGACCAGCGAUUACCGGUGGUAUUACGCUGGAGGUGAACAGCGGUUACCAGUGGUAUUAGGCUGGAGGUGACAGGCGGUUACCAGUGGUAUUAGGCUGGAGGUGACCCACAGUUACUAGUGGUAUUAGGCUGGGGGUUACCCUUAAUGACCCACGGUUACCAACGUACUAGACAUGUGACCCACAGUUAUCAGUGGUAUUAGGCUGUAGGCGACCAGCGGUUACCAGUGGUAUUAGGCUGGAGGCGACCAGCGGUUACCAGUGGUAUUAGGCUGGAGGUGACCAGCGGUAUUAGCCUGUAGGCAACUGAUGGUUACCAACAGUUUUUGUUUGGAGAUUACCUUUAAUUCCUGCAAUUCAAGGUUUAAUUUAGCUUUAAUUUAUAGACUUUGUCAGAAAUUGUAUAUAUAAACUAUAUGAGUGCUUUUUGAAAAAAAUUAUCUAUGUUGUAAUUAAAUGACAAAUCAUUCCUCGAUCUUUUGGCCUGACCAGGCACAAUUUCCUCUGAGCUUAUGGUACGGUGCAGCAUCUGUCAAUUUAUGCACAGGUGUAUAGUGUUACCUUGUCCAACUGUCCCGUCACUUCCCAUUCCAAAUCAACGACAUAUCUUGAGAUCCCCUCAACAGUUUAUAUUUACACCAUAAUAACAUAACAUCUACACCUGGUCAUAUUGUGGUGGUCAGUGGUCAAGGUUCAAAGGUUAAAGGUCCCCUUUUCAGUUCUUUUGCAUUGUUUCAUAGAUGUUUGUGAAGACUGCUUGUGACAACUGGUACAAACAUAUUUCAUCAGAUAUCAAUCAAAGAGAUUGGACACAAGUUAUUACAACUUACUUACCCUUUCCCUCGAAAUUCAAAAACCAUAGGUGUUCUAAUCAUGGUUCUAACAUUGAUAAAGUAUAUACAUGUAUACAUAUCUUUUUUUCCAAAAACAUGACGUUCUGCCCUUGUCUUUAAUUAGACAAAUGUAUGUACUUAAUUAUUUCAUAUUAUCUGUUUUUUCUGUGAUUCUUACUACACAAUUUUCUUUGACCUUGUAUAAUUAUUGUGAUACAGUUUUGAUUAUUGUACUUUGAAUGCAUACAUUACAAACAUGGGAAAUCUUCUUGAACUACAUUUUAGGAAUUCAAAUCAAUUUCAAUAAAAGAUUGUGAUCUUGGUGAGCAAUCAAGUCUGAGCCAGACUAAGUUCUAAUAAACUCAUUGUUUGUGCUGGGUUUUUUUUUAUUUAUGCCUGUGUGUUUGUUAUAUGAAAUCUGAUUUGUUAGGAAAUAUGUAAUUUUCAAGAAAGAAAAGAUUUUAGCUGGAAUUAAUGUUGUAAAGAUAAAUUGCUUGUUGAAUGAAUUUGUGAAAAGGAAAAUUUACAAUAAAAAUUGUAUCUGAAAAUUGAGCGAGUGUGUAUAUGUGUGAGCCGUUGGUUAUUUGUUACCUUGGUGACCUGAUGCUGGUGAGAAUAGAUAGGUUCCUAGUCCUGGAGAAUAGGUCUUUGUUGUAAUCCGGGUGUGUCCUUCAUGUUAUCAAUCAAAGUGUUAUCAAAUUUAGGAACAUAUGGGAGAUGUUACCAACAUAUUAGGUUGUGAAUUUGUACUCGGAAUAAACAUCUCAUUGUACCGAU